AAAAGAGCUAAAUUUUACUAUGAAUUUUAUGAAUGAUAAUUCAAGCUUGAAUUCUUUGAGAUAAAGUUAAAUUUACUUGCUCAGUGAUAUGUUUGAUUUAUUAAAAUGCUAAAAAAUGAUGUCUUUUACUACUAUAAAUAUCUAAAUUAAUUUGUUUCCUGGCAGCUUUUUAGAUUUCAAUUAUUUUAAUCCUUAUUUUCAAAACACAUUUGACACUUUUAAUUUUAUUGGAGUUUUCUUAUCAACUUUAAGUAGUAAUACCUUUUAAAGAGCAAUAAUUUAUUCUGAUUUUCAGUUAUAUUUUACAAAUAUAUGUACAAUUUAUAUUUCACAAAUUAGCUUUAUAGUUAAUUUUGGGAAUUACACAGAUAAAACUCUACCAUUUAUAAAGUCUAAUAGCAUAUUUUAAUACUACUUUUUUGUAGAUUUUUAUUCUUAAAAGUAACAAAUAAUUCAAUUCAAUUAUCUUCAAUUUAAUUUAAUUCCUUUUUUUUUAUAAUUUAGCUAUCAGCAAUAUGUAGAUACUAAUGGAAAUAUAGAUGAAGGAUUCUUUAGAUUUGAAAUAGAAAAUGGAUAAUUAGUUUAAAUUGUUGGUCUUAAUUAUACAAACAAAUAUUUAAAUUAAGGUUCAUAUUUAAUAAAGCUAAACACCCCUAAUAUUUCUCUCAGUAUAGAUGAUAUUUUUAUUUAAAACUGUUUAAUGAAUAACUUUACACUAAACCUCAUCCAAAAGAGUAAUGUGGUGCAAAUAAACUAGUUAAAUUUAGUAAAUAACACAAUUAUAAAUUAAAAUUUAUAAAGCUAAGGAUCUGCUUUUAUCUCAUGUGCUGCUUGCAUAAUUUCCAACUCUAUUAUCAUUUCUAAUAAUUUUUAAGACACUAGCAUAAUACAAAAGCAAAAUGAUUACUCCGCAGUACCAUUAAUAUAGAUUAAGAACAUAACAAUAACUAAAAAUCAGAUAAAUUUCAAUAACAGCCAAUUAGGUUUUUUUAUUGAUUUAAAUCUACCUCUUAAAUUAGAUACUUAGAAUCUUACUGUUUAAAUUGAUGAUUUGACUAUCAAAAAAAAUUAUCUAAUUUAAAAAAAUUUCUAGAAAUCCUCUGACAAUAUUGUUUCAAGGAAAAAAAUUGACUUACAUGGUUAGGAUUUAGAAGAUUUGAUAAUAGAUUUAGAUUAAGACUUCUAACAGUUUAAUUGGAUUAAAGUUACUAAUGUAAAUAACUUUUUUUUAACAUAGCUGUCUUUUAUUGAUAAUGAUGAUCAAUCAUUGCUAACUCUAAGCAAAGUUAGUAACCUUUUAUUAUAAGAUAUAGAAUUCUCAAAUACCUUUCUUAAAUAAGAUGCACAAAGUGGGUAUUGUUUUGCAAUAAAUUGCAAUUAGUUAUUUAAAAUAUAAAUUAAAAAUGUAACAAUAAAAAACAAGCUAUUUUACAAUAGCUAUGCUUUUUUAAUUGAUUAGCCUUAAGAAAAAAUAGACAUAAACAACAAUUAUUCUCUAAUUUAAAUUUCAAAUUUUAAUGUCUCUAAUACAUUUAUCAACCUCUAAAAAGACUCAAAAUAUCCUUUUGUCAAAAUUGCUAGCACAUAAAAAACCAAAGCUAUUUUAUAAAACAUUAAUUUUGAAAAUAGUUUAAUACACUCAGAAGAUAAUUUAUUUUACAGUGAAUAUUCUCCUUUUCUUUUAAUUGAUAUGCCUCAAUCAGUUUUUUAUUUUAAUAAUAUGAAUGUUAGAAGCAUCUACAAUAAAUCUCCUUAUUCUAUAGUUUAUUUAAAUGUAGAUAAUAUCUUACUGGAUUCAUCAAAAUUUGAUAGAAAUACAUAUGAAUAUAAUCCUGCAAUCAGUCAAUAAAAUAAAGGCUACUUAACUUUAAGGUGUAAUUUAUGUAAUAUCACUAACAAUACCUUCUAAAAUAGUAUUUCAAAAGAUGGCUCUAGUAUUAAUAUUUACUAAAAUGAAGAUGGAUCUUAAUUAUUUAUAAAUAACUCUACAUUUAAAAAUUUAAUCAGCUUAUCUGGUGGUGGCGGAGCCAUACUUGUAUUACAAUCGACAUUGAAUUCCUUUAUGAUAAUAAAAGGUUGUAUACUUUAAAAUAUUUUAUUAAAAAGUGGUGGUGCAAUUUAGUAGCUAAAUUUUAAAGUGUAACAACCUUCAAUAAUAAACUUAUAGGAAUGUUAAAUAAUAAAUGUUAUUUCAUAAAACGAAGGUUCUUUUAUUACUUCAUCAAAUGUAUUUAUAAGCAUACAAGAUUCUAAUCUUACAGCAAAAUUUCCUUUAAAUAAUAUUGAUUUCGAUAAAUAAUAACAAGAUUUUUUAUUGACAUUUCAAACGAUUGGUUCAGUAUUCUACAUCACAUAAUCUAAUUUACAAUUAAAUAACUUUAAUCUUUUUGAUUACAAUAUUAGUUAUUUUAACAUUACUUAAAUAUCUGUUCCUGCUUUUUUAUACUCAUUUGGAAGUUCAAUAAAUGUCAAUAAUAGCAAUUUUACUAAUUCCACUUUUAAUUAAGCAGGAUUUUUCGAAAUAUAUUCCUCUUUUGUUAAUAUAACAAAUAGUUUGUUUGACAAUUUAAUAUACUAUGAUGAUAAUCAGCAAAAUUACAAUAAAGACGAUAUUCUGUAGAAAUUUGUAAAUUCUUAGCCUUAUUUUUUAACAAAUGAGAGAGAAACUGGUUUUGUAAAGUCUAGUAUGAUUUUAAUUAAAUAAAAUAGCUAAUUUAUAAUACAAAAUAAUAACUUUAUUGAAAUAUUUUGUUUAUCUUAAUCUAAUUGCUUUGGUUCAGCAUUAGGAAUUAUAUAAUCUGAAGGAAAUAUCUAUAAAUCUAUAUUUUCAGGGUGUGUCUCUUUCAAUAACGGAGGAGCUUUAUCUAUAUAAAAUGCAUUCUCUUAAAUUUCUAUAAAUAGUUGCUAGUUUGAAGACAAUAUAUCAUUAUAAAAAGGAGGUGCUAUUUAUUUAUCACAAUUAACAAGCAAACUUUUUAUAUCACAUACUUCAAUAGUUUCAAAUAUAGCGUCAUAUGGAGGAGCUCUAUUCUAAUUUUAAGACAGCUAAUCUAAUUUUACUAAGGAAAACAAGACUAUAAAUGUUAUUUUUAAUAAUUCUAUAGUCUAAAAAAAUUAUGCCAGUUAAUUUGGAAGUGGUUUGUAUUUAAAUAGUUUUAUCACUAGAAUAUAAGGAAACAGUUAAAUUUCGAAUAUUUUACCAGGAUAAAAAUUCGGCAUAAAUUUUUUUUAUUAACCUGCCAAGCUUUCUUUAAAUUUAGAAAAAACUAAGUUAUUUAACUAAAAUUAAACAAUCGACAUAUAAUAUUUUAGUCAAAAUUUUACUUUUAAAGUGAAAAACUAAGUGAGUGGAUAUUAAAUUCCAACUUUGGUUUUUGAAUUACAUGAUUAAGAAGGUAGAUAAAUAACUGAUGAAUAUACUAAGGCACAACAAGCAUAUAUGCACUUGAAUCUGUAAAAACAGCAAGAUAGGAUAGAUUAAUAGUUAUUUUUCCUAAUUUUACCUAACGAGAAUAUUUUAUUUUCUGAUAAUUAGUUUAUUCUUAGGGAAAUAACAAUAGAAGGAAUACCAGAAAGCACUAUUUAGUUGCUAGUAACCUUAUAACUUUACAGAGCUGCUAAAAUAAAUGAUCUAUAACUUAUUGGAUUUCCUUAGUAUUACUUGUAAAUUGAACUCAGAAGGUGUAUAGAAGGGGAAAUAUACAUACCUAAAAGGCUAUUAGUUUAAAAUUUGAUCUUCAAAGUUUAUGAGUGCUCAAAAUGCAAAGAAGGAAGUUAUUCAUUAGUUGUUCCAAAAUUGAAUGACGAACCCUUAGCCUGGUGCAAGAAAUGUUUAGAGAUGAUGACUUGUCUUGGCGGAAAUCAAAUAUAAUUGAAUCAAGGUUACUGGCGUUAGAAUAAAAGUACAGAUUCUGUUUAUCUGUGCUUUAACAACCCAAGAAGCUGUUUAGGAGGAAUGAAUGAAAACUUAUGCGAUGUUGGAUAUUUGGGUCCUUUAUGUGAAGAGUGCGAUUUAAAAUAAGGAUACUACAAAUCAGGAAAAUAUUAGUGUAAAAAAUUAGCUACUUUUCCUAAGUUAUCAUAAAUAGCUUUGUUUAGAUAAAAUUGGUGUUCAGGUAUCUAAAUAAAAAUAGAGAAAUAUCGUUCUUGA